AUGGCUCUCCGGGAGGUGGAACGGGCAGGGGCCCGUUACACCUGGACGAAUAAACGACUUCGCCCAACUCAGUGUGUACUAGAUCGGGUUCUAGUUUCGCCGGUUUGGGAGGCGGCGUUCCCUCUUUGCUCGCUCACUACGAUCACAAGGGUGGGGUCUGACCACUCCCCUCUCUUGUUUAGCAGUGGCGAGGACGCACCUAUUUGCCAGUCGAGGUUCUUCUUCCAGACCUGGUGGCUCGGGGUGCCGGGGUUUGGGGACCUUCUUAGGGAGAAAAUUCGCGGUUUCAUUUUUGACCAUGGGCCGCACCGUUGCUCGGUUGAGGCAUGGCAAUAUGUCUCGCGGAACUCCAGGCAAUUCCUCAAAGGGUGGGGGGCCAACUUGGGUAAAGAGAAGAGGGACUUCCGUACCAACCUUCUGCGCCAGGUGGAAGAGCUAGAUCGGGUGGCGGAUGCCAACGGUCUAGAUGAGGAGGGGUGGGGCCUCCGGUACUUCCUUGAGGACCAACUCGUUGCACUAGACAGGGUGGACGAGGAAUACUGGCGUCAGCGGAGUAGGACUCAGUGGACCCUGAAGGGUGACUCGUGCACCGCUUACUUCCACGCGAUUGCGAAUGGCCGCAAACGCAAGUGUUCUAUUCCACGGCUCAUCACCGAGGCGGGCGAGGUGGAGGAGCCGCGAGCCCUCAUGGAGCACAUCUACCAGUUCUAUCAGGGCUUGAUGGGGGCUAAAGGGGAAGAGCGGGUCUUUGCCCUUGGCCCUGAUCUCUGGGAUGCAGAUCAGAAGAUUUCGGACGAGGAAAACUGGGGCGUGGAGGUCGCGUUCACCGCUGAGGACCUCGAUGAGGUCCUGGCUAGCAUGAAACCGGACUCUGCGCCGGGACCGGACGGGCUACCGGUUCUGUUCUUUAAGCGAUUACUGGGAAUCCUGCGAGAACCCAUCCUCCAGAUGCUGAAUGAUUUCGCCCUAGGGAGGGUGGACGUCGCCCGGCUUAACUUUGGGAUUAUCUCCUUAAUUCCCAAGGUUAAAGGGGCGGAGCGGAUCACGCAGUUUAGACCUAUCGCUCUGAUCAAUGUCAUUUUCAAGUUCGUGGCUAAGGCGUACGCGAUUAGAUUAGCACCGCUAGCUCAUAGGACGGUGGACCGGAGCCAAUCUGCUUUCAUCAAAGGGAGAUGUCUGCAUGAGGGCGCUCUGGCUCUCCACGAGAUUGCACAUGAACUCCGAGUGGGAAAGCAAGAGGGCUUGCUUCUUAAACUUGAUUUCGAGAAGGCCUAUGACAGGGUCAACUGGGACUUCCUGCAGGAGAUUCUCUUGCGGAAAGGCGCAGGGAUUGCGAACCUCAAAGUUAUCCUGUUGUGUUUCGAGAAUAUGUCAGGGCUGAAGAUCAAUUUUGAUAAGAGUGAAGUGGUGGUGACCGGGGUACCACUGGAACUUCAACAUCAGGUGGCCCACAUGCUUAACUGCAAGCGGGGGGAAUUCCCCAUCAAAUAUUUGGGCCUACCUAUCAGUGAUAAGGCGCUAAGGGUAGCGGACUGGAACUUCCUGCCAGAGAAGAUUGGGCACAGGGUGGACCCAUGGCAGGGGUUAUUCUUGGCCUCGGCAGGCAGGCUAGAGUUGACAAACUCGUGCUUGUCCAGCCUCCCGCAGUUUGCCAUGAGCUUGUACAUGCUUUUUGACAGCACCCAUAAAUCCAUGGACAGACCCAGGGCUCGCUUCUUUUGGGAAGGAGUGGGCAACAAACGCAAGUACCACAUGGUGGAUUGGGCUACGGUUUGUAAACCCAAAGCGUUUGGAGGAUUGGGAAUCCUCAACACCAAACUCAUGAACAUCGCUCUGAUGCUCAAAUGGAUUUGGAAGCUGUACCAAGACGCGGAUGGUCUCUGGGCGGACAUCAUCCGUGCUAAGUAUCUUGGGGGAAGGGAUCUCUUCGACGAAACGGUCCCUACCAGAGGCUCCCAAUUUUGGAAUUCCAUUCAGAAGAUUAAAUGGUACUUCAAACUUGGAGCCAAGCACGUGGCGCGCAAUGGGAGGCGCACCAGGUUCUGGCUGGACUGGUGGACUGGGAGGGGCCCUUUUAUGGCCAGGUUCCCCCACCUAUUCAGUUGCUGCACGGAUCCGUCCAUCUCGGUGUUUGAUGCCAAGCCACCGGAUGGGCACCCCGGGGAGUGGGGUGUUGCAUUUCGGCGGCAAUUUGGGAUGGUUGAGAUGGUUGAAUGGGACAACCUUCGUCGGGAGGCCAUGGGUUGGCAGCCGGGUCUUGAGGAUGACAAAGUGUCCUGGUCCCUUGAUGCGUCAGGGACAUACACCACCAGUUCGGUCUAUCUUGCACUGACGCAGGGAGCGACAGUCACCUGUUUCAAAGAAGCUUGGCGCACCAGGGUUCCCCCUAAGAUUCGGGUGUUUCUUUGGCAACUCAUCCGUGGUAGGUUACCUUCUGCUGAGCAAGUUGCCAAGCGCCACGGACCCUCGGACGGGAGGUGCGCUCUGUGCCAGGAGAUUGAAGAUUGCAAUCACAUCUUCUUCUCCUGCCCCAUCGCCAAACUCAUGUGGGCUGGGGUUAGGGAACUCCUCCACUGCGACUGGAACCCCACGGGACCGGGGGAGUUCAUUGCAAUCGCCCAGGGGCUUUACGGCCCCCUUCGUAGGCUAGUUUGGUUCACGUUUGCUGCCAUGUGUUGGACUCUUUGGAACACGCGCAACAAACUAGUCUUUGAAGGAAAGAUGAUCGGGAACCCAGCUGAUGUUUUCUAUCAUAUGCUCAUUCAUAUGCAGUCCUGGAGGGUUCUGGUCAGACAGAGGGACCGGGCGAUGCUGGACGCGGCGGUGGACGACGUCAGGAGGCUCUACGCGCGACUACGGGCUGAGUAG